AUGCGUACCGCAGCCCUCAGAGCAGCUUCGACGCUUGCUCGAGCCACCCGCUCGCCGCGCGUGAGCUACUCUGCUCAGAACCGCUCGCUGCGGCUCUUCUCGACAUCGCCCGCCUUCCGCAAUGCCACCUUGAAUCCUACUGCUUCGCUUGACUUCCAAGCGACUGGCCCCGAGCAUGUGCUGGAAGCAAAGCAGGACCCUUCGCAGGCUGUCUUGGCCUUCAACGAUGUCGACACGUUUCCCCGCCGACACAUUGGGCCAUCUGCAUCGUCUGUUCAAGAAAUGCUCGCGACUCUCGAUCCGCCAGUUGCGAGCUUGGACGAGUUCGUCAAGCAAGUUGUUCCGGAGAGCAUCCUCUCUGAACGCUCCUUGGAAAUCGGUGGCAUCUCGACAAACAACACUAAACCCACCCAAACCCACUGGACUGAGAACGGAGUGCCGGAAAGCAUUUUCCUCAGAGAAGCUCAGCGGAUUUUCGACAAGAACAUCCCUGGCGUGAGCUAUAUUGGGCAAGGAUACUAUGGCACCAAAGUUCCAGAAGUGAUCAAGAGGAACGUCCUAGAAAAUCCAGCGUGGUAUACCAGCUAUACCCCCUAUCAGCCAGAGAUCAGCCAGGGCCGCUUGGAGUCACUACUGAACUUCCAGACAAUGCUGACCGACCUUACCGGACUUGCAAUCGCAAAUGCUUCCGUGCUCGAUGAACCGACCGCCGCCGCUGAAGCAAUGACACUAUCUCUCGGGCAACUUCCUGCAUCGCGCCAGAGACGCCCAAACAAAACACUUCUUAUUUCCGACCGUUGCCACCCGCAGACAAUCGAGGUGCUGCGUUCUCGAGCUGAUGGCUUUGGCAUCAAGAUUGAAACUGGUGACGUUCUGGCAAAUGACUCCAAGCGAGUCGAGGAGCUCGGCGAUGACUUGGUGGGUGUCAUUGCGCAAUACCCUGACACCGAAGGCGCUGUGGAGGACUUCCGCGGGCUGGCGGACAAGGUGCACAAGAAAGGCGCUCUCUUCAGUGUGGCCACGGAUCUCCUUGCCCUGACCCAACUGACCCCUCCCGGAGAAUUCGGCGCCGACAUCGCCUUCGGAAACGCGCAGCGCUUUGGUGUGCCUCUCGGAUACGGCGGCCCUCAUGCGGCCUUUUUCGCUACAUCUGACAAGAUCAAGCGAAAGAUGCCCGGGCGCAUCAUCGGUCUUUCCAAAGACAGACUUGGCAACCCGGCGGCGAGAUUGGCGUUGCAAACCCGUGAGCAACAUAUCCGACGAGAAAAGGCGACAAGCAACAUCUGCACUGCCCAAGCUCUGUUGGCUAACAUGAGCGCUAUGUACGCAGUUUACCAUGGACCUGACGGCAUCAAGUGCAUUGCGAGACAGGUCGUUGCGGUGACUCGACGUGCGCAGCAAGUUUUAAUCAACUAUGGUUACAAGACUGGACAGCGUGGCAACCUGACAGAUGCUCCUGCGGCGUUCGAUACGUUCGUAGUUGCUACGGGAGAGAAAACGGACAAGAUCGUUGCGCAGGCACUCGCCAACAACGACCAUGUUCGCAAGCUUGACGACCAGCACAUAGGACUUUCUUUCGACGAAGCGUCGACUAGUGAAGGCGUUGGACGUCUGCUGUCGUACUUCCGCGAAGCUGCUGGCGUCACUGAAGAACAGAACGUCAUCGAAAUGGUUACCGUUGCACCCCCGACUGGCUUCGAACGCACAAGCGAAUUUCUUACUCACCCAGUCUUCAACUCGCACCAUUCGGAGACAGAAUUGCUACGCUACAUCCACCAUCUACAAUCGAAGGAUCUUUCGUUGGUACACUCUAUGAUCCCGUUAGGAUCUUGCACCAUGAAGCUGAACGCCACGAGUGAAAUGGCUCCAGUAUCAUGGGCCACCGUGAACAACCUGCACCCGUUUAUGCCGCUAAAUAAGGCUGAAGGCUACCAGAUUAUGAUCAAGCAGCUGGAGGAUGAUCUUGCCAACAUCACAGGCUUCCAUUCCGUAUCGCUUCAACCUAACUCGGGGGCCCAAGGAGAAUUCGCUGGACUGCGCGUCAUUCGGAAGUACCAGGAGCUGCAACCCGGCAAGAAGCGCGACAUAUGCUUAAUUCCCAAGUCCGCACACGGUACCAAUCCGGCCAGUGCCGCAAUGGCAGGUAUGAGGGUCGUCACUAUCAAUUGUGAUACAGUUACCGGCAAUCUCGACAUGGCCGAUCUCGAGGCCAAGUGCAAGAAGCACAGCGAAGAGCUUGGUGCCAUUAUGGUCACAUACCCCAGCACAUUCGGUGUGUUUGAACCCCAGAUCAAGGAGGUCUGCGACAUGAUUCACGAACAUGGCGGCCAAGUAUACAUGGACGGCGCCAACAUGAACGCCCAGAUCGGCCUCUGCUCGCCUGGCGAAAUCGGCGCCGACGUAUGCCACUUGAACCUUCACAAGACCUUCUGUAUCCCCCAUGGCGGUGGUGGCCCAGGCGUUGGCCCCAUCGGCGUGAAGGAGCACCUCGCGCCCUUCCUUCCCGGCCACCUGCGGGGCGAGACUGGCGGCGACAAAGCCAUCCAUCCGAUCAGUGGCGCUCCCUGGGGUAGCGCAAGUAUCCUUCCCAUCAGCUGGGCCUACAUUAAGAUGAUGGGCGCGGUCGGCCUCACGCAAGCCACAAAAAUAACCCUCCUCAACGCAAACUACAUUCUGGCGCGCCUCAAGCCGCACUAUCCCAUCGUCUACACCAACGACAAGGGCCGCUGCGCCCAUGAAUUCAUACUUGAUAUCAGAAAAUUCAAGGACACGGCUGGCAUCGAGGCCAUCGAUGUUGCGAAGCGCCUCCAGGACUAUGGCUUCCACGCCCCGACAAUGUCCUGGCCCGUCCCCAAUACGCUGAUGAUCGAGCCCACCGAGAGCGAGAGCAAGCAGGAGCUCGACCGCUUCUGCAACGCGCUCAUCUCCAUCCGUAAAGAGAUCGAGGCGGUGGAGAAGGGUGAGCAGCCCAAGGAAAACAAUGUGCUCAAGAUGGCACCGCAUAGCCAGCUGGAUCUGUUGACGGGCGAGUGGGAUCGUCCUUAUACAAGGGAGCAGGCCGCGUAUCCACUACCCUAUCUCAAAGAGAAGAAGUUCUGGCCUGCAGUCACUAGAGUCGACGACGUCUGGGGCGACAGCAACCUCUUCUGUACGUGCGCGCCGCCCGACGACACCGAGGACAUCAACAAGGCCAUCGAUGCGCCGCAGCCGACGUAG